AUGCACACUUCAUUCUUCACUUAACAUUCGGAGCGUUCGCGUAGAAUUCUGCGCUUGCUUCUGUUGUUCGUCGCGCUGCUCGAUUCCCGAUAAUUGUUUCAAUGCGUUUAGUAUAUCGUGCGUCAAUUGUUCAAUAAAUAUCCAACCAGCGCCAAUAUUCAGCUGCCCGUUCAGCAGGAAUCGUGAUUGGCGAGUACUGCGAAGUUCACAUCAUGAUAUAACCGACGUGAAACACGGCGGACAUUGUGUGCGUACCGUAAAACGCGACAUUUUUAACCAAAACCACGAGUAAUACUCGCUUACGGACAUAACGAGUUGAUUGCAUAUACAAUAAUCAAUCGAAAUCUGGAAAGAUGAGUUACUACAGCGACGCCGGUGAUUCGAUGCAAUCGUUGACGGAGGCGUCUGUCAUGGACAACAUUCUCAGAAAGCGGAAGAUUUGGGAUCCGGAAACCGAGUCAAUCGCAUCGGAAAUUAAAGAAUUAUUGGAUGAAGAUGCUAAUUUAUUGGGCGAAGAAGAAGAAGUUGGUUGUCCAUUGCCUUCCACACCUGAAGAUGAGAAUCUGCUGCAGAGUGAAAUGAGCGAGGUGAUCAAGGCGGCCGUUUUAGGUAAAGGUGAUGAAUUGGAUAUUUCUGCAUUGGCGCAUAAUGCGGCCGGACAAGCCGAGGUAGUGGUGCGUAAACUGAUCCAAGUCGGUUGGAAAGUGUGCCACUUUCAACACCUGCCCGCCUGGCUGCAGGACAACGACUUCCUUAAGCACGGCCAUCGUCCGCCGCUACCAUCCUUCCGUGCGUGUUUCAAGAGUAUUUUUCGGUUGCACACCGAAACGGCAAACAUUUGGACGCAUCUGCUUGGAUGUGUUGCGUUUAUAGGUAUUGCAAUUUAUUUCCUGAUGCGACCAUCAAUCGAAAUCGAACUCCAGGAGAAGAUCGUCUUCGGGGCGUUCUUCGCCGGCGCAAUCAUCUGCCUCGGCUUCUCCACGGUAUUCCACACGGUCAACUGCCACUCGCAGUUCAUAGGCAAAUUAUUCUCGAAACUCGACUACUGCGGAAUAGCACUGCUGAUAAUGGGCUCGUUUGUACCAUGGUUGUACUACGGUUUCUACUGCCACUUCCGGCCGAAGGUCGUCUACCUAAGCGUGGUGUGCGCGCUGGGCAUCACUUCAAUCAUGGUCAGUUUAUGGGAUAAAUUCAGCGAGUCGGCGUGGCGACCAUUCCGUGCCGGUGUCUUUAUGACAUUCGGCCUGAGUGGAAUUGUGCCGGCGAUUCACUACGGCCUCGUCGAGGGAUGGUUCAACAAUCUCAGUCAGAAGAGUCUGGGCUGGUUGGUACUCAUGGGUCUGUUGUAUAUUGUCGGGGCGGUUUUGUAUGCGCUGCGCGUCCCUGAACGCUGGUUCCCUGGCAAGUGCGACAUCUGGUUCCAUUCGCACCAGAUCUUCCAUGUGUUUGUGCUCGGCGGCGCCUUCGUCCACUAUCACGGCAUCUCGGAGAUGGCCAUGCAUCGCGUCACCAUCGGCCAGUGCGAGAUACCCGACACGCCCGUCUUUUAAAGCUGUGUGUGAGACAUUUCAUUGACCAAUUCAAGCACACGGGCUGGGUUAGCUAAUUUUGAGAAGAUUAUCAAUCAUACCAAUAUAUAAAGUGUAAAAUAUAUUAAAUAUUUCGAAGACAUGAUGUGGGAAGCUUACGAAAGUGAUGUUUUGAGUUUAUAUUAUGGGUUUGAUUUUUGUUUUCUUCUUUUUUUGCUAUGGUUAAUUGCAGUUUUGUUUAAGCUAAGCUGGUGCUUUUGUUCUGUUAGAUUCUGUUUGUGUUAGCGGUGUUUAUGUAUUUAGUAAAGCGCAAUGGCGACUAAUGUGCAGAGAAGUUGCCGAGAUUUAUUCAAAACGCCAAAGUAGGCGCUGUCUGCGACGUUGUUGCUUUUUUCAUUCUUACAUUAAUAAUGAUUUAGAGAAAUUUAUCGUUAGCCAAGAUAUACUUACUGGAUUUUAUGGAAUUUUCCAUGUGAAUUUUCAAUAAAUUGUGAUAAAGUAAUGCAAAA